AAAGAGUUUUGGAACACCUAUACAAAAGCGCAACAAGGUGAGAGUAACAGAGGAAGUGACUGGUUUCAGUUUUACCUUACCUUUCCAUUAAUCUUUGGCCUCUUUAUUAUCCUCCUUGUCAUUUUCUUAAUCUGGAGAUGCUUCCUAAGAAACAAAACUCGCAGACAGACAGUGACUGAAGAUCACAUCCCUUUCCCUCAGCACCUUAAUAUUAUCACUUCACCUCCCCCACCAGACGAAGUGUUUGAUAGCAAUGGAAUGUCGCCAGGCUUUCUGGAAUAUGUAGUUGGGCGCUCAGAUUCUGUCUCCACUCACCUUUCCAACUGCGAUCCUCCACCAACCUAUGAGGAAGCUACAGGACAAGUGAACCUUCAGAGGAUUGAAACAGAACCUCAUUUAGACCCACCCCCGGAUUAUGAGGACAUCAUCCACUCCAACUCAGCCAGUGCCAUUGCUAUGGUGCCUGUGGUCACCACCAUCAAAUGAAACAGCAAACUUCUUUUUACUAUAAUCGUUUUUAGAAUACAAAUAAAAGAACUGUCUACCACUUUACCACUACAUAAAUAUGCAUUGACUUAUUUUAUUGGACUCUGACAGCAUACCACUUUACAUUUUCUAAUUUGAUUUUAAUUAGUUGUGUUUCCUACUGUAAAAUCAUUAUCCAUGCUCAUUUUAGGUAAUAGGAAUAUGUGAAAAGGGGAAAACAGUGGUCUUUAUGUGAUGUGAUGAAUUAUACAUAUGUGUGUAUGUGUAUUCAUGCAUAUCCUAUAUAAUAAAGAGGUAAUAUGCA